AUGGCGGAUGGGGCUUUGGUCUUCGGAGCGAAUCUAAACGCGAGUUGUUUGACCUCUCGAGCAAAGAAAGUCAACAACAGCAGCAUUUCAGUAGCAGCGAACAUGAGGAGAAAGACGCGACAGAGCAACAGAAGAGACAUUCACAACCGGAGCGGGCACAUGCCCUGUGUGCGGGUGUGGGAUGUGGCAGAGCGGACACAGGUGGCAGAGGUCCAGUGCCAUAAGUACGGGGUGGCGUGUGUAUCUUUCUCCCCCAAUGGAAGCUAUAUAGUGUCUGUGGGAUACCAGCACGACAGGACAGUCAGCGUCUGGGAGUGGAAGAAGGGGACUGUUAUUGCAUCCAACAAGGUGUCCAGUCGUGUGCUUGCUGUAUCUUUCUCGGAGGACAACAGCUACUUUGUAACCGCAGGGAACAGGCACGUGAGGUUCUGGUACCUUGAUGCCUCAAAGGAAAGAAGG